AUGGACCACUGGAAAGCUGCAAAGAAGGUUCUCAGGUACUUGCAAGGCACCAAAGAGCACAUGCUUACAUAUAAGAGAUCUGAUCAGUUGGAAGUCAUAGGAUAUUUAGAUUCAGACUAUGUCGGAUGCGUUGAUAGCAGAAAAUCGACGUUUGGCUACUUGUUCCUAUUAACUGGGGGAGCAAUAUCAUGGAAGAGUGGAAAGCAGUCUGUCAUUGCUACUUCCACUAUGGAGGCUGAAUUUGUGGCAUUCUUUGAGGACACAAUUCAUGCACUAUGGCUGCAGAACUUUAUCUCAAGGCUUCAGAUUGUCGACACUAUAGCCAAGCCGCUAAGAAUUUACUGCGAUAAUUCUGCAGCUGUCUUCUUUUCAAAGAACGACAAGUACUCGAAGGGUGCUAAGCACAAGGAGUUGAAGUACAUAAGGACGGACAUGAUGGUAGCGGAUCCGCUAACUAAAGGUUUAACACCCAAGGCGUUCAAUGGCCAUGUAGAGCAUAACAUAUAG